UUCAUUUGUCAUUCUUCUUCCAACCGCGAUAGUCAACACAAUAGUGUGUAAACCAGUGAAUUAAGAAUCACCCUUUAUAGUGUAAUCGGCUUAAAUAAAACUAUUAAUAAAAGUUGCAGUAAUGGGUGUCCAAAAAUUUACAUACGAUGCGGUACAUUGGUACAUGCAGAAACUUGCCUUGCAAAUUGUCGCCAAAUCUGGUAAACCGAGUGACCAAUAUCAUCUUGGUAAAAUUAUACUACACUGCUUUAAGGAAGAACCUGAUUUUAUUAUGCAAAUAGAUGGCGCUACGGGUGAAAGCGAAACUUUUGGAUCAGCACUAAAAAGGACCAUUAAAUGUGCGGGUAGUCUGAGAAAGAUGGGGCUAAACGUCGGCGAUCACAUAAUAUUGAUGGCUCCAAAUCAUUUGGAUAUUUCAAUACCUUUUCACGCUGCUUUAUAUCUAGGAUUAGGCAUUGGCUGUGUUGAUGUCGCCUUGACUGUCCGUGAACUUGUGGAUUUGUUUAAAUGUGAAAAGCCAAAAGUAAUAUUCUGUCAAAACGAGAAAUCGGAAAAUGUAGCGAGUGCACUCAAAAAUCUAAACUUAGAGGCAAAUAUAAUAACGUUUAACGAUAGUGCUACUUAUUGUACGUUGGCUAAAUUUAUUGAGAACAGCGAAGAAACUAUCGAGAGUUUUCGUCCAAAUGAAUUUGAUCCAGAAACGACAACAGCAUUCUUAGUAUCCACCAGUGGUACAACAGGAGUGUUCAAAGCUGCUGUACUUACACACGCAAAUAUGGCCAUUUCAGCACCGUAUUGGUGGUUAAAAUACAAUACGUUUCCGAAACCAACUCGUAUGACACUGUUGACCUCGCCGACGCAAUGGAUAACUGGUGUCAUAACAAUACUCAUGUCAUCAAUACUGAGGAUCACAAGGUUACAAACUUCAUUGCCAGUAACAGUGGAGCAUGCCUACCACCUUAUCAACACAUAUAAGCCCACAGAUAUCAAAAUGAGCGCUAACAUGAUGAGUGGCUUGUUAAAGUCGGAACUGCGGGAGAGCUGUGACUUUUCUUGCUUCGAAUUAAUCAUGAUAGGUGGAAGUGCGGUAUCGCAGACGUUAAUAGACGAAAUCAAGAUCGUCGCACCUAAUGUAGACGUUUGCAUUGGAUACGGCAUGAGCGAAAUAUCAGGUCUCUCUGUUAUUAAUUUCAAUUGUGUACGAGGAGCGUGUGGGCAGCUGCUGAAUUGUGUUCAAGCAAAGAUAGUUAAUGUUGACACACAAGAAGAUAUUCAUGAACCGAAUACUCCAGGAGAGUUAUGGAUGAAUGGACCAACCCUUUUUAAAGGAUAUUGCGAUAACAAAGCUUUAACAGAAGAAACGAUGUCAGCAGACGGCUGGUUGAAAACUGGAGAUAUACUAUACAGAGACGAAAACUGGAACUUAUAUUUUGUUGAACGUAUGAAAAUGCUACUGAAGUACAGAAGUUACCAGAUAUCCCCAUUGGAAAUAGAGAACGUAAUACAAAAACAUCCAGGCGUAGAUUCGGUGGCGGUGACGGGGAUUCCCCAUCCAAAUGAUGGAGAUUUGCCAGUUGCAUGCGUCGUCUUGCGCAAAGGAUCUAACAUCACUGAAGAAGACAUUAAGAAUUUAGUUAAAGAAUCGUUAUCAGAUUCCAAGCAGUUACGUGGAGGAGUCAUUUUUAUGGAGAAAUUACCCUUAACAGUAUCAUCUAAGAUUAACAGAUUAAAGCUCAAAGAAAUGGUAUUACAACUUGUGAAAGGAAAUCAAUUUUAAUCUCUUUAAUUAAUUUCAUGUUCAAACCUUAAUUUUUUUAUCUUCUUUAUAAGUAUUAUAAAAAGGAAUGUUUGUAUGUUAAUACGUGCAUAAACUACUAAACAGUUUUAAGUGAACUUUAGUACGUUCUAAGAAUUUGAAAGAAGAUUCAUUUU